AGUUAUCUGAAAGCAGUCUGAGGAAACGGUUGCGGGCUCGUCGCUACCGGAUGAUAAGCAAUAGUCUAUUUUAAAUUGAUCGGCGCUAGUGGUGAUUAUUAUAAAUCGAAACACUGUAGCCACAAGAAGCAAAUGAAGUCAAAACAAAAGUGAAGACAAUUCGAAAAUAGCAACAUAGAAAGAGAAAGAAGUAAAUGCAAAGUUAAAAGUGGGAAUUCUUAAGUUUUGCGAAGCAAACACACAAAAUAUCGCUAGCAAAAGCUUGAAGCAGCAUUUGCGCCGAUUGUUUGCUUACACAUCCAACUAGCCACAGAAGGCGUGCGCAUACGACUUACUACACACUCACAAACAAGCGAUUGGGAGCGAGUUCUAGUUACUUACAUAUACACAAACAGAUACGCACACAAGUGCACGCGCUGACACACGAAAAGAAAGGCGAACUGGUGUAGAAAGUGUUGCCCACAGUUUAUCAGCUUAUGUGGUAGAACGGUCUAUGUAUUCUGGCCAGGUGCAUAAGCGCAUAAGUUUCGCUGCGCACCAAAACAAUUCAUCGGUGCCAUCACUCUGAAAAUCAUCGAAAACAACCGUUGUUCCGUUCUCGCAUGCAAACAGCUGCAACUGCGUCAGAUGUCUGGCCGGGCAGUCACAGAUCAACGACAAAGCUAACAUAGAUAACAACUAUCAACCAAAACAACCAGUAUAUACGUUAAAAGCAAAUCAACAAUAACAACGAUUAGAGCAAUAGCACUAGCGGCCGUAAUAAUAAUAAACAACAACCACCAGCGACAAUCAACAACCCAAAGACUUGUGCAUCGACAGCAGCGACUAACUUUGUCGUAUUCAUUUAUUUAUUUAUUCAACACACUGCAGAAUAAAUGGCAACGCAAAGCAGCAGAGCAAAUGAGGAGACCAAAGCCGUGGCUGAUCCCCUAAAUAGGAAUGAUGAAGAUUAUGAAAUCGACGAAUCAACUGCAGCUGUAGUCGUUCCACCGGAUAGCGGAUGGGCAUGGGUCGUGAUGGUGGCAUCAUUUUUAUGUUGUACGGUACUCGACGGGAUUGUUUUUUGUUCUGGUUUAAUUCAAGAAGACUUAAUCAAAGAGUUUAAUGUUAAAAAAGGUUAUGCGGCACUAGUGUCUUCACUUCUCAGCGGUUGUUAUUUAAUGGCAGGACCAUUUGUAAGUGCCUUGGCAAAUCGAUUCGGUUUCCGCCCUGUAGCUAUGGCUGGAGCGCUGUUUGCAGCAGCCUGCUUUGGUAUAUCAUAUUGUGCUCGAAGUAUUGAAUUCUUAUUUAUCACAUAUGGGGUUCUCGCUGGUAUUGGUUUUUCCAUGGUCUAUAUACCGGCCGUUGUAAUAAUUGGCUUUUAUUUUGAAAAGUGGCGUGCUCUGGCAACCGGUAUUGCUAUGUGUGGUUCUGGCGUGGGCACUAUGGUAUUCACUCGAUUAACUGAUAAAUUGCUAAAGUCGGGUUGGAGAUACACACUUGUAAUUCAAGGAAUAAUAAUUGCGUUUUGUGCUUUGUUUGCAUGCGCCUUUAGACCAAUUCAGCCCAUCACACUGGCUGUUGAUGAAGACUCUAACGAAAACAGGAAUGAUAAUGAGAAACGCAAUGGACAUGGCAAUAUUGUUGCACCAAAGCCCCAGCUCCAUCAAGCUGCCUUUACUAAACCAUUGCCUGAAGGACGUUUCGCUUACUCAAUGCCAAAUUCAGCACAUAACACAUAUAUGGGGCAAUCUCCCAAGCAUCAUUAUCCCACAGCAGCAGAAGUUUUUAGAGGUGCCAAUAUUGAGCGUCGCCUAUCAAACUCUUCCGGCAAAGGUACCGAAUUGAAAGCUCUACGAAAAUCGCAGCCUACCACUCCGAAUGGUGAGCCUCAACCCUCACAACUUCACUUCAAUAUCAACAAAGAAUUAACAACAGUUGGAGAAAAUGAAGAAGAAACCGAGAAUGAGAAUUUAAUCGCAACUGAGGCAAAACCAGUGGUAAUACAGGCACGUAGGCACACAGUGUCUGGCAGAAGGCCAAACGACAUCGUUGGGAAGAAGAGUGCAGUGGGAUCGCAAGAUACCGUGCACAAUAUUCACACUAGACCAAUGUACCGUGAUGAUAUAUUCUUCACUGGCUCCUUGGCACGAAUUCCACAAUAUCAAUCACAAACUUCCCUCGCCUAUCAUAUGUCGGUGACACGUCUUCCAACCAAACAGGAUAUGCUUGAAGAUCGCCAAAAGGGAUGCCGACUUUGUCCUGAAGCUGUGCGGCGUACUUUAUCGACGAUGUUGGACACUUCGUUGCUCAAGUCGCCAUCUUUCAUGUGUCUGGCCUUCAGCGGUUUUCUAACCAUGAUGGGUUUCUUUGUGCCUUUUAUGUUCUUGACACCACGCGCCGAAGCGGCAGGAAUGGACAAAAGUACUGCACUUAGCGUUGUUUCUGGCAUAGGAUUAGUUAAUACAAUUGCUAGGUUAGUUUGUGGUACGGUCAGUUCGAUUCCCAGCGUGAAACCACUAUGGUUGAACAAUGUGGCAAUCACAGCCGGUGGUCUGGCGACAAUUUUCAGUGGACUAAAAAUAACGGUUGUGACUCAAUGGGCAUUCGCUAUCUUCUUUGGCGUUUGUAUAGCUUGUUUUUCGGCAUUGCGUUCUCUAAUUGCCGUGGAAAUGAUAGGAUUGGAAAAACUAACGAAUGCAUUUGGAUUCCUUAUGCUGUUUCAGGGUAUUGCAGCGACAGUUGGAGCACCUAUUGCAGGCAUACUCUUUGAGCUGACACAGGACUACAAUACUUCGUUUUACUUUGCUGGCGGAUUGAUAUUAGUUUCGGCGUUCCUGUGCUACCCAUUGACAUAUAUUGCUAACUGGGAGAAGGCGCGCAAUGAGAGAAAGGCCACGCAGAGCCCCCCAAGAGCCUAAGUACAUAAAUAUUCGGGAAUUAAAAUUAAAGUUAAAAUUAAAUUUAAAAUAAUAUCAUACAACUGAAUGAACAUAUAACAAUAAACUAGUAAAACUAAA